UUCAUUUCACUUUAGAGAGCAAAAUGUUCUCCACAUGGCUUGUGCACAUGACAAUUUGGUGUUGGGUACAAGCAGUAACAGAAAAUUGCAAAAGAGGAGACAUGAUUGCUAGCACAGAUUCGGUAGUCCUUCCUGGAUCAAACAUUACCCUCUCGUGCCGGCUAAAACAGGGUGAACAAUGCAAGGAGCUAAUUUUCAAUAAUUCUGAAAUGGUCCUUGCAUAUGGAAGACACACAUUUAGUUGCAAAUGUAAAUCGAAUGGAAAAAUCAUCUGUGGAAUUGACAUCUAUGUUGGAAAUCCUCCAGACCAGCCAGGAAAUGUAUCCUGUAUUCAGUAUGGAAGAGAUGGGAACCUUACUUGCACUUGGGAUAAAGGAAGACUUACUCACAUAGACACUACCUAUGUGGUACAGCUAACAAAUGAGACAGAAUGCUUACGUUUUGCAGAAGAAAGCAUGAAUCCUAAAUACGGCUCACUGAAUCUGACCAAGCUGAAUUUUGAAUCCAAUUAUACAGCUGUAGUUGCUGCCUCAAAUAGACUAGGAAAUGCUUCUUCCCUACCCUUUACAUUCAUGUUGAUAGACAUAGUGAAACCUCAUUCUCCAACAGAUAUUUUAGUGAAAUUCGACAAUGUUUCUGCAACAAAUUGCACUGUCUUGUGGCAGGAUCAACAACAGACGCAAAGCUUUAGACUAAGAUAUCGACCGGUUAACAGUCACUCCUGGAAUAUGGUUGAAAUUUUAAAUUCUACAAGAUAUAAUCUACAUGAUCUGAAGCCACAUACAGAGUAUGAAUUUCAGGUUUGCUGCAAAUUUCACCCCAACAGAGGAAUGUGGAGUGACUGGAGCACAUUUCGAAUACAGACUCCAGAAGCAGUGCCAAGUGGGUUGUUAGAUGUCUGGUACAUAAUGCAGGAUAUGGACUCCCAAACACAGAAUAUCACUCUUUUUUGGAAGGUUAUGAGCAAGUCAGAAGCAAGAGGAAAGAUCCUGCAUUACACACUGACCUUUCAAGCACUAAACCAGAAGAGUCCUAGAACGACAGAUGUGAACAUUACCACACAAACCCACUUCACUAGAGUCCUCCCCAAGGCGGAUUAUAACAUAAUGAUCUAUGCUCAUAAUUCAAAAGGAAACUCAUCUCCAACGUCCAUCAUUACUGAUCUAAGUAUUUUAGAUUUACCUCCUCCGCAGAGCAUCUCUGUUACACCAAUGGGGAAUACCAGCAUCUUUGUCAUUUGGGCACCUCCCAUUGAAUCUGCAGCCUUCAAUGGAUAUAUAGUGGAAUGGGCAAAGACAUGUAGCCCUGAACCCCAUCUGAACUGGAUAAAAUUUCCAGCAUCCAAUUUGUCCACAAUAAUAUCAGAGAACAUAAAGCAUGAUGUAUGCUAUGACAUCAGCGUAUUUGCACUUUAUAGGAACAGAGCUGGACAAGUGGCUUCAGCUAGAGGAUACUCGAAACAGGAAGCACCAUCAGCUGGCCCCCAGGUUUAUGCAGCAGUAAAAGGAGAUGGUGUUUGGGUUUCAUGGGAAGAAAUCCCAGGCCACCAGCAAAUGGGCUGUAUCACUAGCUACAAUAUAUACUUGCAGAAGAAAAACUCAGAGGAAGGCCCUAAAGUGUAUGUCAUCCAUAAAGAGACUUCCAGAAAUUCAUUUUUAAUCAAAAACCUGCAGCAUGGUGUGAACUACGUUUUGUGGAUGACAGCUUCAACCAUGGCUGGAGAAAGCCCUAUAGGGAACGAGGAACUGGUUUACCUAGAAAGUGCUUCUGAAUGGAUUAUUGUUUCGGCUGCUUGCAUCUUCUUCGGUAUUUCAGCCUGCAUUUGCUUUGUGCAAUCUGUUCAAAAAGCAUUAUGCUCACUCCUUUCUGUCCUUGUACCUCAAUGGUCCAGAAAAGCCAUUCCAGACCCAGCUAACUCAACAUGGGCUAAAAAGUUCUCCUCUGUAGAGAAUGAGCUGAACUUAGAUUCCAAUCAGUUCCUAAGCUACUUCAGCAGUUUUGAAGAGCCUGAAACUAUAGAAGUAGAGGAAGUCUUCAUAAAAAGGGAACCAGUGGCUUUCAAGGACAUACCCAUCUUCAACAACAUUAAAAACAGUGAAGGUCAUAAUUGGCAAACAAUAGAAAACAGCUUUGAGAAUCAGGAAUCCACUGAAAAGAACUCUGAGUACAAACCUUUGGCCCCCAGCACACCAGAUGGAGACAAUUAUAAGUGUCACCUGCCUUAUUUGUACAAAAAAGUAGUACUGGAGGGAACAGAGCAAAUUCAAACUGUUUCUGAGUACCUUACUAAUCCACUUACAGACAUGACUGUGAACUAUUUGCCUUCAAACAUAUUGUCUCCCAUUAUGGACACGAAUGAAGAAAGCAAUGAAUUUGAAUGCAAAUCCUUCUCCAUUUUCCCAACAACUCCUCUUCUGAUGCCAAUGUUUUCUUGUGGAGGGAAACUUACUUUGGAUGCAGUAAAAAUUGACUGCAAUUCUUUCACAGACUAAGCAGUCCAGCUUGUAUGUCUGGUUUUUUUUGUUUGUUUGUUUUUUGUAUUCUGGCCAGGUUCUGCGCACUUUAGUCAAAUGAACAAAUCACAAAAUUGUUUUUAGUUUGAUAGUACCAACUCAUCCACUUCAUGUAAUUUAAAGGAAAGGUGUAAAAUCUAAACAUACACAUGGCUA